AAUCCUCAGAGUAACCCGCAAACCGUAUACACGCACUCCGAUGGAAAUUCUACUUCUUACAAUGAACCAGAUAUAAACCCAUCGAAAUCCAGCAUGAGUGCCAAUUCAGGCGAGCCCAACCCAUCAUCCCUCCGCUUACUGAUCCUCGCACCACAACCCACCACUACAUCAACGACACCACCAUUCCCCAGUUUUCUCCAUGCAUUGACCGGCUCUAAGCCUUCCAGCAUUCAAACGACAUUCGCCGGCUACACAUCCCAUCCACCAUUACGACUUUCGACCAAGUAUUAUCGAUCAGACGUUAAUAUCUGGUGCGAUGAACUACCAGCAAACUCUCAGACAAAGCCAACUUCCGACCCAGAGUCCAGUUCAGGAGAGCUGGUCGAUCCAGACCUAGAUACGCUCGAUGGAUGGAAGGAACAGAUGCUCUCAGCCGCGGCAGCGGAAGUGAGGGCUGUAAUUGGUGGAAUUGUGCUUCUCCUGCCCGUGGCAUCUAUAUCAUCGCCGUCCACCACAACGUCAUCAUCACCAUCAGAUGAGUUGGUCGCUCUAGUCGAAAGUGUACAUGCUCUUCGUGAAGCAGUUGAGGAUGAGAACUACGGACGGGAUAUUGCUGCUACCGUGGUAUUACAGGGAAUGACAUCGAGCGUCAGGAUGGAUAAAUUGGACGAGACUCGAGAAAUGCUCGAGGAUGCUUGUCUAUCGGACCGAGGGAUUUUGGGGUGGGACUUUGUCUCAUGGAAUGCAGAGUCUGAUCUUGAGAAGAUCCAUGAGAAGGAUGCGCCCCGUAAUGAAUAUGGAGAGAGGACAGGAAUAGCGCGUGUGAUUGAGGUGCUCGAAGGUGUCGAUUGGUCCGCUUCGCCUAAUCUUGGCGAUGGAGAUGACGAUGGAGAGAUCGAUUUUGCCAACGGUGAUGGCGAUUCGGAUUCAGGUCUUGAUUCGUUCAAUCUCACAAAAGUGCCUGGUGCGGGUCGAAUGGCUGGACUGGAUGCUGAGUUGCAGCGAGAGAUGAUGGAGUUGAAGCUCUCGAUGACCGAUGCUAGUGAUGAAGCAGGCCAGACAGGCGAGUUGCAGGAUGAUCAGGAGGAUCAAGUCGACCAGUUUCCGGCUCUGAUGGAGAGAGUGGUGGCCAUUCGUGAAGCGGGUUCGGAAAUGUCGCCCUCCGAGAGAGAGAAAUUCGCUCGCCGUGAGGUUGCUCGUAUCAUGCGUGAAAUGAGCUGAUUGCAAGAGAUGUAAUGCCCUUAUGUUUCAGUGCAUGGCCAUGUGUCGACAUUUGAUUUUGCCGCAAAUAGCGUCGUUCGAGACUCUUUAGAAUUUCCCAAGCAUAGAAAAGCCAAUGCCAAAUCAUCCUCAAUCG